ACAAGACACAGGCACAACUGGGUAGUGGCUCAUUUGUGCUCUCACACUACACUGCUUCUGCUCCUGCUCCAGCUUAUCAAUUUAAUUGCAUUUUAGAUGAACAGACUUCAACAUAUCAGAGGUCAUAUUGUUUCAGCAGAUAAGCACAUAAACAUGUCUGCUACUCUGCCAAGUCCGCUUUCGACUCAUGUGCUCAAUAUAGCCCAAGGAGUUCCUGGAGCCAAUAUGACCAUUGUCCUCCAUCGCCUUGACCCCGUCUCAUCAGCCUGGAACAUACUGACAACAGGGAUUACUAAUGAUGAUGGGCGGUGUCCUGGGUUAAUCACAAAAGAAAACUUCAUUGCUGGUGUGUAUAAAAUGAGAUUUGAGACUGGAAAAUACUGGGAUGCUUUGGGCGAGACAUGCUUCUAUCCAUAUGUAGAGAUUGUCUUUACCAUCACUAAUACAUCACAGCAUUACCAUGUUCCUCUACUUCUGAGUCGUUUCUCUUAUAGUACAUACAGGGGAAGCUAAAGGUAAAACUGCUUGUAUUUUACAGUGCUGUACUUGUAUGCUCCCACUGUAACCACUUUGUUAUAAUCUUCAGUUGUUAGUCAUUUAAGUAUUUUGUUGAUGACUUGAACAUUACAUGUUAAUGUAGAGGAUCAAUAAAUUUUGAGUUGACACAUCA